UGAAGGUACAUCAGCGAGUUCACACUGGGGAGAGGCCAUUCACCUGCUCAGACUGUGGGAAGAGAUUCACUCAGUCAUCCGACCUACUGUUACACAAGUCAGUUCACACUGGAGAGAGGCCGUUCACCUGCUCAGACUGUGGGAAAGGAUUCACUCAGUUAUCCACCCUAAUGGCACACCAGCGAGUUCACACUGGGGAGAGGCCAUUCACCUGCUCGGAUUGUGGGAAGGGAUUCACUUUGUCAUCUCAGCUACUGGGACACCAGUCAGUUCACACUGGGGAGUGGCCAUUCACUUGCUCAGUCUGUGGGAAGGGAUGCACUUGCUCAUCCCAACUGAAGGUACAUCAGCGAGUUCACACCGGGGAGAGGCCAUUCACCUGCUCAGAUUGUGGGAAGGGAUUCACUCGGUCAUCUCACUUGCAAGCACACCGGUCAGUUCACACUGGGAUGUGGCCAUUCACCUGCUCAGUCUGUGGUAAGGGAUUCACUCAGUCAUCUCAGCUGCAGAGACACCAGCGAGUUCACACUGGGUAGAGGCCAAUCAGCUGCUCAGACUUUGGGAAGAGAUUCUCUCAGCCAAAUCAACCAAAUUUGCAUCAUUGAGUUCACACUGGGGAGAGGCCACUCACCUGCUGUGAAUGUGGGAAUGGAUUCAUUCAGUUAUCUAUCCUUAUGACACACUACCAGGUUCACACUGGGGAGAGGCCAUUCACCUGCUGUGAAUGUGGUAAAGGAUUCAUUCAGUUAUCUAUCCUUAUGACACACUACCAGGUUGACACUGGGGAGUUGCUGUUCACCUGCUGUGAAUGUGGAAGCGAUUCUCUCAGUCAUCUUACCUAACAAAACUAUCGCUUCAGCUAGCAGCUUAAUAUAGGGGGUGGUAGCCCCCCAGCCCAACCAAACUUAAGAAAUCUCGUUUGGGUGGAUGCUGCGCGAUGUCUCCCCUGUUACAAAUCAGUACCCUGAAAUAACAAACAGUACACAAUAUGUGAUUAAACGAUUGAGCUUUAUAAUUCUGACUUUGACUAUAGGGUUAGUAAAGAAAACAAGAAAAAAAGGAAAAGGGCCUACUCUCUCCAUUCACGUCUUCUCAUCUCUCCCCAGCAAAAGACCACGAAAAUCUCCCUUCCAGACUCACAAGAGAGAACAUUUCUGUCAUUGGAUGGCCUGGCAUUCAAAACCCUGUUAUCUCUAGUCGUAACCUAAACAUUGCUGCUACCGAGAAACCGUGAUGUUACUAUUGUGUCCACUCUUUUUCUGAAAGUUUAAGUAAUCUUGUAAGUUGUCUGGCAGCCUUUUUGUUUUCUGUUUUUGAAUUGUUUUGUCUGUGAUCCACCUGGUACUGUAUUUCCUUGGUAUUGUUUUAUCUUCAAUACAUUUUGUCUUUGUAAAAUUGAAAAUUGUAAAUAAAGUAAUUUAAAAAAAGAACCCAUUACCUCAGCAGUGAAACAUUACAGAGAACCAUUACAUGAGCAGUGAAUCCUUACAGCAUGUUACACUUGUGACACACUACCGGGUUCACACCGGGGAGAAAGUUUCAAUAAGCUGCAUGCUGGAUAUUUGUGCAUCACCGUUGCUGAAUGCAAUUUCGAGAGUCACUGUUGGUGCUGAACUCUGAAAUUAUUGCUGCUGCUCACCACACCCAGUUCUACACCCUGGUCACUGGGCAUGGGAGGAGUUUCUUCUGCUGCAUAUUCACCUUUAAUGGGACUGGAGUUUAAUAUUCUGGAUCUGAGGCAAAUAAAUCAGUUCUGAAACUCUGUCUCUGGUACUUAGUGAAUUUAUAACACAACUAGUAUACGGGAGAGGGUCAACUCAGGCUGGCUGGACCCUGCCAGUGAUUCAGUUCCACGACAGUCCUUUUAAAUCCUCCCCUGUUCCCCUUUUGCUCUCCCUGUGAUGAAGGGUUCCAAACAGUCACCACUCUGUGGGUGAAGAGGUUUCCCUUGAAUUUCCUGCAGACUGAAGAAGUCGAGCCGACUGCAGUUCUGUCUGAGAUGGUCUUCGCUCCUCAAAUCUCUGGGCUGAGGAUGAAUGACACUGGGAGUUAACCUCCUUAUUCACGGCUCAUUUCCACAUUAUGGGUCAUUUUCCCUGCUUCUAAAGGGUUGUUAGAAAACACCACUGUCCUCUAAAGACUGAAGGCAGAAUGGGAAACCAUUAGUUGGAUGUUCAACAGAGCAGGGUCAGAAACCAGAGGCGGGUCUGCACAGGGCUGAGUUUGGGGCUCUGGACGAUGGUCGGGGUAAGAACGUAUGAUGAGGAGAAGGGAAUCAGCAGUGGUGCAUGGCAAAGGAUGACAGAGUAGCAACAUUUGGAAGCUAAUUGGCAGAGAAAAUAAUUCAGUCGUCUCAUUGAUGACACAAACAAUACCUGGUGUGAGGUGCUCCAAUGGUCGAGGCACAUGUGUGUGGUGGGAAUGGUUUUAUCUAUUGAGGGAGUUGUUCCUGCCUGUUUAUCCUGUAAUAUUAUAUCUGGAUGGUUAUCAUGAAUUGUCCUAUCUGAAACUCGAAUUUAUGGUGCCUUAAUGAAGUGAUGAAGGUCAUUCAUAAGUUUGUAUUUUAAAGCAAGAUUCUGGUGAAUGAUAUUUGCCACUUGAUUGUAAUCAAUUUGAGUUCAACUGCUGCAGGAUCCUGGAAUGUGUUGGAUUGUGUCUGGUUUCUGUUGUUAUUCCCUGCAUUUAUUGCCUUGUUUGAUUGUAUUGUACAACGUUUGUAUGUAGUUUUGAUUUUUUUCUUAUUUUUAUUAACCAUCUUGUCCUGUAUUUCUGAAAGGGACCCUUCUGUUUCUGGGAAGAGGUCUCCAACUCUCAGUCAGGUGCUCGAUGCUUCCUUGUCACCAUCUGGUCUGCUCAGAUCAUUGGGAUGUCUCCCAUGGAGGGUCAUACUCAUUCCACUGCUUAAUGUUUUCUUCCAUAGUGAUGAUUCAUUUUUCUGAGUUGGCCUCUCAUUUAAGUUUUCUGGUCUGUAUUUCUUAUCAAAAUUGCAUAUACACGUAUGGAGCAUUGAAUCCUGUUCAGUUUUGAUGAAAAUAUGCAUUUAGAAGUUUUAUCGGACUGUUAUGUGAUUUCUUUUCAUGUGUGUUAUUCAGCUUCCUCCUUCUGCCCAUGGUAGUGUUAAUCCAAGUGGGAUUGAGUCUAAAUAGACUUUUCUAAAGUUGUCAUUUUAGUUCUUCUUUAUCUUUGUAAAUUUUACUGAUUGAAAUGGGACCAAGAUAUUUUCAUUAAAAAUGUCAAUGUUGGUAUUGAUGAAAGUGUUUAUUGCCUUUGUUGUAUUUGUUAACUAUUGAGCUCUGUUUGGCAGGUUUUUUUUAAGCCUUGAACUAAAUUUUGUCAUAGGUUUUCCCCAUUUCGUACUACUUUCUAUUGUCUUUGUUUGUUGAUAUUCCAGAUAGGUGGGUAUCAAGCGUCCCGAUGAAGGGUCUUGGCCCGAAAUGUUGAUUCCCAUCCAUAGAUGCUGCC